UACCGGAUCGGCCAAUCCGCCACGAGAUCAUCCUUAAGGCCGGGGCCGUACCUUCGCGUGGUUGCAUCUAGCGCAUGAGCGAGGAAGAGUUAAGUGUGUUACGCGCUCAACUCGACGACCUUCUGAAGAAAGGCUGGAUUCGGCCUAGCUCUUCGCCAUACGACACUCACGUUCUCUUCGUCCGGAAGAAGAACAAGGAAUUGCAGUUAUGCAUCGAUUAUCGCAAGCUCAACACGCAAACCGUCAAGAACGUCGGCGCUCUUUCGUGCAUCGACGACCUCCUCGAAUGGCUGGGCGACGCAAAAUUUUUCGCCAAGCUUGACCUCGAAUCGGGAUAUCACCAACUCGACAUCCGACAGGAGGACCCCUACAAGACCGCGUUCAAGACGGUAUAUGGGCAUCUCGAAUGGCUGGUUAUGCUUUUUGGGCUUACAAAUGUCCCAACCACGUUCCAAGCGGCUAUGAUGACGGAGUUCCGACACAUGCUGGACAAAUUUGUACUCAUCUACCUUGACGAGAUCUUGGUGUACAGCCAAAGUUUGGACGAGCAUGUGGAGCACCUGCGCACUGUUUUGGAGCGGCUACGACAAGCCAAGUACAAAGCCAACCACGACGAAUAUGAAUUCGCGGGGGAGGAGCUCAAAUACUUGGGCCAUUAUGUGCCGCCACAAGGCCACUCGCGGACAAGAUUGAGGCCAUCCGCUUAUGGCCCGAGCCCACCAACACCACGGACAUUCGCUCAUUCAUGGGGUUGGCUGGCUACUACCAACGUUUCAUCACCGGGAGACAAGAAGGAUGAGGCUCUCGACACAUGGUUGAGAACGGUGCCAGUGUGGGUGAGGGCCAAAAUGACAUUGGUAGAAGAGGAGGUGAUUACUGCUGCAUCCUACUUAGAGGGUUCAGCAGCCCGUUGGCUAAACAGACUGGUAGCUUCAAAGGGCUUCGACAGGAACAUGCAUGAUUGGGCGCAGACCCACACAUUAGAAAGCUUUAUGGACUUAGUGGAGGCUCGUUGGCACAACCCUCAGCAGGCACAUAUUGCGACUGAUGGGCUCUUGAAACUUGAUACUAGAAAGUACAAGUCUGUGCGGGAACUCACCACAACCGUAGAGCGCCUGAUCGUUGUCCCUGGAGUGGAGUACAAUCCACAGGUCUUGCUGAACAUGUUCCUGAGAUGUCUUCCCACAGACAUUAGGAAUUUAUUAGCCAGCGAGGCUCACAGAGAGUAUCAUACCUUCGAGUCAUUCAGCAAGAAGGCCCUAGACUUAGAGGCUAGGUUGGGUGAAGCUCAAACCCCUUCUACGGAUGGGAGAAAGAAGAAGACUCCACAAGAGUGGAAGAAGAAGGGUAGUCGAUUGAUGGUGGUUGAUUCUGAUGGGAAUCAAACCGAGAUCGAUGAUGUUUUCGAUCUUGUGGAGGGUUCAGAGUUUGACGGCGAGGAGAGUGCUGAGGGUGGCAACCUCGCCGCCGUAGUUAAGACUAAGGCAGCUGGUCGCGGCAAGGGCGGUCAACAAAGGAGUCAGGGGCAGGCCACUAACCCAAACAAAAUAGCUGCUUGGGUUAGAGCAGGUCUGGAUCAGGAUGUGUGGCGGGACCGUUGGUCUCACGUCUGCACGUUCUCCUACCCAGGAGGAGAAAUAAACCAUAAGAUAUCAUUCCUGGUGAGCGACGAGUUGCCCUUUGACAUGUUGUUGGGCAUGUACUACCUCGAGGUUGCCAAGCUCCAGUUUGACUGGGACAAGGUGUUGAAGCACGAGUUGCCUAGUGGGAGAACCGUGAGACUGGCCAAAUACAAAGCCAGUAGGUUAGUAGACUCCUAUGGGUGCUUAUGCGCAUCUGCCUUUUAUAACUAUUAUAAACAGAACCCAGAGGAAGGAAUGUACUUAGUCUCUGUCUCUGCAAAAGGGGAGGCCGUUAAAACACCCCCAGAGAUAGAGAUCAUCGUCGCCAAGUACCCAGAUCUGCUUGAGGAGCCUACAGGAGUCGUAGACAUGGAGAUUGUCCAUGCCAUAGAGAUCAUCCCCGGUUGUAAAACACCAAAGGGUAGAAUCUAUAGGAUGUAUCCAGCCGAGUUGGACGAACUUCGCCGGCAAAGUGCUCAUAGAGAAGGGACCGACGAGUGUGAGGCAACUUUCAAGCGUUUGAAGCAUGCUCUCACGCAUCAUGAGGUUCUCAUGGUACCCGACCCGCAAAGGCCAUUCGUUGUAACCACUGACGCAAGCCAAUAUGGGAUUGGCGCUGUGCUGGCUCAGCAGGAAGGGAAGAAGUUGAGACCGAUCGAGUACAUGAGCAAAAAGAUGCCUUCAAAGAAGUUGGCAAAGUCCACCUACGAGAGGGAACUCUGUGCUCUUUACAAGGCACUUGUCCACUGGAGACACUAUCUGUUAGGAAGGUUCUUCUACUUGAGAACUGACCAUCAGACCCUCAAGUGGAUCAAGACACAACCAGUUUUGUCCUAUGCACUCAAACGCUGGAUUGAAGUCAUAGAUCAAUAUGAUUUCAAACUAGACUAUUUGAAAGGAGAAUACAACAAGGUUGCAGAUGCGUUGUCUAGGAGGGCAGAUUACCUAGGUGCACUGAUUUCUGAGUUUGGUUUGUCUAAGGACGUGACUCGAUCGUUGGGGGAAGCCUACAAGGAAGAUCCCAUCACGAUGGACAUCAUCAACAAACUUCAGGCCAAAGACAAGCCCACCUCUGACGAGUUUGUGAUGGUGGAUAGGUUACUCUUUCUUGAGAAGGCAGGGUUCAAGAGGUUCGUUGUUCCAUCUAGGGAAACUUUGCGUAGUUUAUUUUUAGUUGAGUGCCACGACGCAAUGGGACACUUCGGUUAUAAGAAGACUAGUGCUAACUUAGUACAACGAUUCUGGUGGCCUAACAUGCUUGACGAUGUGAAGAAGUAUGUGGAGACCUGUCACGUCUGUCAGCGGGACAAGCCGCGGACUCAAGCUCCGCUUGGGUUACUCAAGCCUUUACCCAUUCCUGCUGGUCCAGGACAGAGUAUCUCCAUGGACUUCAUGGAUACUCUCGUGACCAGCAAGAAUGGCAAGAGGCACAUGUUCGUCAUAGUAGAUAGGUUCACUAAGUACGCUAGACUAAUCGUCAUGCCAGAAACUGCCAGGACUGAGCACGUCAUUAAGUUGUUCAUGGACAACUGGGUUGAACAGAUGAACCGAGUGGUGCAGCAUCUGCUGAGGCAUUACAUCAAGCCCAGCCAGGAUGACUGGGAUGAGAAGUUACCUCUCAUCGCCAGUCUGUACAACAACGUUGUACACAGCACCAUCGGUGUCAGUCCUAAUCAACUACAUCUGGGAUGGAAGCCUAGAUCUGCUCUAGACUUCCUCCUGCCUGAAAACCGAACUGCCGCAACUCCUGGAACCAUUGAAUUUGGUGUCAAGUAUGAAAAACUGCUGCAGCAGACUGUCGAACACAUUAAGAAAUCUCAGGAGGUCAUGAUUGCUUUCGAGAAAAGCGUCGCGGACAGUCCACAUUUCAGGGUCAUGAACAAUCCCAACAUUACCGUUCACUUCAACGUUGUUACCGAGGAUGUUGUGCCUUCUCCACGAGGUGACAUGGGCGGCGUGGUAUUGAGGGAUCAGCUAACCAAUGAGACAAAGAUUUUAGAGGUGAAAGGCCUGUUUUACGGUAUUGGUCACACCCCGAACAGCAGACUUUUUGAAGGGCAGAUCAAGCUAGAUGAUAAUGGCUACGUUGUUGCAGGAGCUGGUGGGCAAACAAACGUAGAGGGAGUUUUUGCAGCGGGAGACCUCCAGGACGAUGAAUGGAGACAAGCAAUCACUGCUGCAGCGUCUGGGUGUAUGGCAGCCCUCUCUGUGGAGAGAUAUUUGACGAGAACCAACUUGUUGGUAGAGUUCCAUCAGAAAGAGGAACAAGUGGUGAAGAAGGAGCUAUCCCCGCAAGAUGUUGAAAUGGGAUUCGACAUCACUGCCACAAAGCACAAAGGACAGUAUGCUUUACGGAAGCUGUACCAUGAAAGUGACCGAUUGAUUGCUGUAUUGUACACGUCUCCGACCUGUGGGCCAUGCAGAACGCUGAAGCCAAUCCUGAACAAGGUCAUUCUGGCCUGGGCAGGCAAUGCGGCAGCGCUGCUGCGUUGCAACUUCGUGUUUGACAUGAAGCUGCCGGCUGGGUCGCGCACACGGGCGCUGAGUGCCAUGUCAGCAACAGUGCCAUGUCAGCAGUGCCACGUCAUCAGCAGUGCCAUGUCAGCAGUGCCACAUCAGCAACAGUGCCACGUCAGCAACAGUGCCACGUCAGCAACAGUGCCACGUCAGCAGUGUCACGUCAGCAGUGCCACGUCAGCAGUGCCACGUCAGCAACAGUGCCAUGUCAGCAGUGCCACAUCAGCAACAGUGCCACGUCAGCAGUGCCCCGCCACCAUGACGGGCUCAGCUCUGGGCAUGCCAGGCCAACUGGCCAACGAGACCAUUGCCGAGUACAAACAGCGGUUCCAGACUCAGCUCGCACUGAUCGAGGCUGAGGAACAGCGCCAGGUGGCAGCCGAGGCUGUCCACCUACAGGCUGAAGCGGCAGCAACAGCUGAGAAGCAGCGGCUUCAGGCCGAAGCAGACGCAGAUACCCAGGCACGCCACAAGGAAGCCCAGGAUCUGCUACAGCGGCAUGAAGCCACCAGCAUCGAAAAGCUUAAGUUUUGGCACUUUGAACCAUCCGAGGAGCACGACGACGCGACACCGGAGGAGCAGCACAAGGAAUUCAUGGCCAAACUCGUGACUAGGUUGGUUUACACUUGUAACCACCUGCAGUCCGAGCUGGCGAACCUCCAGCGGGCCAUGCGGAACCACAACGCUCAGCACGAGGAUGGAGCACGGGCACUUGAUUCCCGUGUACAGGACUUGGAGCAAACUGCACCAAAACCGGAGGCUGGCAAGUCCAGCAGUGCACCCUCUGCCCGCCAACUGGAGGAACGUGUCGACCACGUAGUAGCAAUGCUAGGAGACAUCAGCACCUUCGCGGCGCCGGCCACCAUCAGUAAGCAGCUGGACACCUUGAAGACCGAGGUUCAGCAACUGCACCAGCUGCCUAACAAGGAUGGCAACACCCCGCAACAUUACAAGAUGCCGACAUUCCAAAUGGAGAAGUUCGAUGAUUACAUGCAUCAAGACCCGGUCAUCUGGUGGGAGGGCUUUACGACGCAACUUCGGAUUCUGAUCGUCCCCAAGCACUUGUACAUCGGCGCACUGUUCCUCAACUCAAAGGCGGAUGCCAGAUCUGGCUGAGCCACCUGACAACCGUCCACGGGGUCGACGUCGCAGAUUUGAAAGAUAAGAUCUCUUGGGAAGAGUUAACACGGCUAUGAAAGAAGCGGUUCAUCGUGGACGACGCCCCGAUGCUCGCCAUCAACCGCCUCUUUGCUAUGACGCAAGGCAACACAUCGACACGUGACUGGCUCACGGAAUGGCAAAAGAUCGCGGCGGCGCCGAAUCUCGAAUUGCCAUUUUCGCAC